AUGUCCAACGCCGCGCUGUUCCACGUCAGCAAUCCGCUCACCAACCAAGUCCAUGGAGUAGCCACCAUCACGUCAGCAGAUGUUGUCACGAUCGGGCUCGGCGGCCAGCCAGUCCUGUCAUCGUACGCGCCAGCGUCGCCGCCCGUGAUGAGGCAGCUUAACCAACACCAGAUCGCGACGCCACCACAAGCCAGUAGUCCCGAGGGAGAAAUCAAGAGUCGCAUGACCACUGUCCUCCCUCAUACUCCCCCUUCAACCCCGCUCUUUAACCAUCGUAUCCAGCUCGACCUGAGAGGACCUGAUGGCGGGCCGCUGCCGAAGAGAAAGAGAGCCAGCAAGCCGAAAGUCAGAUCCGGGUGCCUUACCUGCAAGAUCCGAAGGGUCAAAUGUGACGAGCGCAAACCCACAUGUUUCCGGUGCCAAAAGGCCGACAUCAAGUGCGAUGGCUAUGUCAAGGACGCGGCGGAAGUGAAGAGGGCUGCCGAACGGAAGGAGAUGAUGUUGGCGGCCCAGACGGCGAGAAGACAGAUCCUCCCACGGCCGGAUCCCGCUAGUACGGCGAUGCGCACCGAGACCGUUAUACGUGCCAAUCCAGCAUUGGUACAGAUUGAUGGGGCCGACGUGUCGUACUUUGACCUUUUCCGAAAUCAGCUGGUCCGUGACCUGUCGGGAUCAUGCCACUCCGACUUUUGGUCCCGGAUAGUGCUGAAUGAGAGCGCCAGGGACCCGUGCGUGAAGGAGUCGAUACUGGCCAUUGGGGCGAUUUCUCAAACGCUUUUCUUUGCUUCAUCUACCGGCAAUACUCUCGGGAGCAAGCCGCCUACGCUCCGUCCUUGGGGCGAGCUGGUGACGACUGACGGCUACCUCGAUCACCACCACAAAGCCGCCCUGCGGCACCACAUCAAAGCGGUUUCGGUAUACAGACAACGGAUCCAGCUAGGCACUGCGGGAUCCUCACCGAGGUCCGUCAUCAUUAUGACAUUACUGCUCAUCGCUUUCGAGUUCAUCCAAGGAAACAUGAAGUCAGUUGAUUCUCUCAUGGGGACUGGCAUGCGCUUGAUAGAGGACUCGGUUACUCUGAUGAAGAGGCCAAUUAAGAAGUUAGAAGGCAAGGCGGAAAAGAAGGAAGAUGAGCUACUGUUCGCGCAGCUGAAGAACAUCCCACGCGAAGAGGAGAUGGACGACAUCGAGCACCUCCUACCAUGCCUGUCCCUCAUGAGCGGCUUCACCCACUUCUUCAACUCACAUCGUGAUACCAUCCCCUCCAUGGACAGUACACCUUCCACAGAGAUCCCGCAGCCUGGCAUCACGACGACGGCAAAACUCCAGGUCCUAUGGGGGAGAUUCUUCACCCGCGCUGUUGUGUUCAUCAUGCGCGGCAUGCAUCACCAGUUGACAUACACAGCACCAAAAAACCUCGUCACAUUCACGCAGGAGCAGGAUACCUUUCUCAAGUACUUAAAACUCUGGAAGUUAUCGUUGGACAUCUACCUCGCCGACCCGAAUAUGGAGAAGCCUACUCGCAGGGCGCUCGAGAUGAUCCAGAUCCACCGAGUAAUCCUCUAUAUCCUCAUCAGCUGCAGCCUCGACCAGACCGACAUGGCAUUCGAUCAAUUCACGGAUGACUUCCGCGAGUUACUGGGCAUGGUCAUGCGCUUCAUGCGCGACCCGGAGCCCCUCUCGAGGAUCGCGUUCACAUUCGCAGAGGGCUUGACGACACCGUUAACUACCAUCAUCGCCAAAUGCCGUGACCACGAUCUGCGUAUCAAAGCAGCGAGACUGAUGAACAGCCUGUCAUGGAGGGACGGCGCGUGGGAUGGCAAAGCGUUGGUUGUUGGCAAGCUCGGGGUUGUGAUGCUGGAGGAGCGUGGGAUGGACGAGAAUGGCUUCGUGCCGGCCGGGUCGAGGUGGACUUGGGCUGACGCAAAGUGGGAUCUCGAGAGACGCGAGGUCGUUUCCACAUACUGCAGGCUGGCGCCGGAUAAGGACGGCCAACCCAUCCAUGCGCACUUGGUGCUGGAUAUCGACAACCCGCCGGACGCAUGCAGCCUGAUAGGCUGCCAGGAACGUCAUGACCCUUUCGAGGGCAUUUGA